UACAUUGCACGUACCACUUAAAGUUUUAUGUAAACUAUUUCAUAGAGUUUUAAUUUUCAUUUCAAUUAAAAGCGACUAUAUGAGUCCGAGAUGUAAUAUAAAGCCACUCCAGUGCGCAGUGAUGACUGUGGGGUCACUACAGAGUGGAGCCGUCGUCAGUUUUGUUGUUUAGUUUAUUUUUUUACUGCGUCAUUCCGCCUCUGAGGCUCAAAACUCGCACCUCGUCUGCUACAUUUUCCUAAAACGGCUGCAGCGCCGCUAGCGCACUUCAUCCGUGGUUGUGUCGCAGAAAUCAGAUUAUUGGGCAGGUAAACUGGAUUCUGACGUGGAGGGUUUAAAUCCCGGCAGGCUGGCAGAGGAGCGUCGCGGCCAAGAGGGAUGCAGCUCAGUCAGGCUCCUCCUUUUCUCUUCUCUUAAAGAGCUGGACAUGAUUUCCAGGAUAAAUCUCUGCAACUGAGCGGAGCGGAGCGGAGGGCAGGACCGCCUGGAACAUGGCUUCGUAUCUGCAGAUUGCAGAUGAUGAGAAAGGACAUGAUCUAGACCUCUUCUGUGUGCCCAGACAUUAUGAGAGCGAUUUGGACAAGGUGAUCAUCCCCCAUGGACUCAUUAUGGACAGGACGGAGCGUCUGGCCCGCGACAUAAUCCGGGACAUGGGAGGACACCACAUCGUGGCUCUGUGUGUGCUGAAAGGGGGCUACAAGUUCUUUGCCGACCUACUGGACUAUAUUAAAGUGCUCAACCACAACACCGAUAAAUCAGUCCCACUGACAGUGGAUUUCAUUAGAGUGAAGAGCUACUGUAAUGAUAAGUCAACAAACAGUGUCAGAGUGAUAGGAGGAGACGAACUUUCCAACCUCUCAGGGAAGAAUGUUUUAAUUGUUGAGGAUAUCGUAGAGACGGGAAGGACGAUGCAGACGUUACUUUCCCUGCUGAGUGAAUGCAAUCCCAAAAUGGUUAAAGUUGUGAGCCUUCUGGUGAAGAGGACUCCAAGGAGUUCGGGCUACAGACCAGACUACAUUGGUUUUGAAGUACCGGAUGCCUUUCUGGUGGGCUACGCUUUGGACUACAAUGAAUACUUCAGAGAUCUCAGUCUGAGGACCGGUGCUGGUGAGGUGUGUUUUCCUGGUGGAAAAAGAGACCCCAGUGACCGGGAUGAUGUUGACACAGCCCUAAGAGAGGCACAGGAGGAGAUAGGUCUACCGCCUGAUCAUGUUGAGGUGGUCUGCACAUUGUUUCCAGUCAUCAGCAAGAAAGGCCUAUUGGUGAGCCCUGUCGUCGGUUUUAUAGAGGAAACAUUUAAUCCAACCCCAAACCCAUCAGAAGUCAGUGAUGUGUUUGCCGUCCCCCUGGAAUUUUUCAUCAGAGAGAAGGACCACUACGCAACCCAUGGUGUUGCUGGGGUGAUUGGAACAUUGCACUCAUUUUACUACAGAGACCCUGCUUCAGGAAACCAGUAUCACAUAUGGGGGCUGACGGCUAUGUUGACAACAUUGGUGGCUGCUCUUGCUCUAAAGAAAAAGCCUGAGUUUGAUGUUGGUUUUGAUUUUGUGGAUCCUUUAAGUUUUUUCAAAAAGAUUCUGCAUAAAAGACUGAGUAAACUGUGAUUGGAUGUAAUGCAGUUCUAAACUCUUGUAGCCAGAGUGUACCAUAAACUUUUGAACUAUAUUCGCAAAAAAAAAAACAAACAACAAAUGAAUAUGAAACUGAUUUGCACUUCUGUUUUGACUAGUAAACCUCUCCCUGCUUCCUAAUUUAAA